AAUCAGCACCGCCUCUACUAUAACUUUCUGCUGACUUGGCUGCCGUCGCGUCGUCCGGUGGCGUUAUUGUUUGCGGGGGCAUCGGUCUGGCGACUGAUCUGGAGGAGUCAGUCCCGCGCCCAGGGUCUACAAACUUCCUUUUCUCCCCCGACGUACUUCGCUCCGCUCUCUCCACUCUCUCACUCUCUACCACUUUGCGGUCUCCCCUACUCGCUCCCGUACGAAGGCCCCGACCGACUGCUUAGCCGAGGAAGAAGAAUGGAGGGAUACGACGCAAAGUUCGACCCGCCGCUCGAGAAGCGACUGGAGUGCCCCAUCUGUCUUCUCGCCCAAAGGGAGCCCAUGCAGACACCGUGCGGUCACCGCUUCUGUUCCGCCUGUAUUCUGAGAGCGCUCCGAGAGACUGGCCCCAGAUGUCCGGUUGACAACACAACCGUGUGUGUCCACCAACUCUUCAAAGACAACUUCGCCAAACGUGAGGUUCUUUCUCUCAACGUUCACUGUUCGGCAGAUCAGUGCGGAUGUUCCUGGCAGGGGGAGCUCCGAGACCUACAGGUGCAUAACAAACAGUGUGAAUUGGUGCUAAUCGAGUGUCCCAAUUCGUGCGGCCACUCGUGUCGACGGAAAAAUCUUCAAGACCACCUUCCUACCUGCACCAACAGGCCGGAGAAGUGUUCGACGUGCAGCAUCCGUUUUCCUCGUAGCUCACUGGCAGAUCACCACCCUCACUGCUCCCACAUCGUUAUACCUGACUCCGUCUCCUCCGCCAUUGAUAAGGCUUGUGAGGUGUUGAAGUGGGUGGGACACCUGAAACUAAAACUGAAUGGUCAAGUGUGUCAGUUGACAGGCUACCUCACUGCUCCCUCUGACAGCGAACAAUCACAACUGGCCACCAGUUGUUGGUGUAGCAGUAUCACAUUCAUCACUCUCAAUUCUCUGGCCUCUCAGAUCUUCUCACGCAUGCUCACGAGUUCAGAGGUUCAACCGGUGCUGCUCAACUUCUCCCUGCUGACCAGCGAUCCAAAGUCUCUAGCCUUCCAGAAAAUCUUUAGAAAGAAACCGGAAAUAUGUAAUUCUGCUGUGUGUCUGCGCCUGAGGCCAGGAACCUGGCGAGGGACUUGGCUAGCCAGAGCGUUUACAACAAAAAUAAACACACACUUUAUGUAUCCUGCAGGCUUAAUUACGUACCAAACUUUGAUGAUUUGGUGUGCCUGCGCCAGAGGCCAGGGACAACUUGGCCAGACAGAGCAUUUACUAAAUACAUGCCUUUUAACCCUUUGGACGCCAUUGGUAUCAAGCAGAAGUUAAGUGUUAAUGUACAAACCUGUAGCAAUGCGGACUUAAUUAUGCACCAAUCUUUGUUGUUC